AUGCGUCCGUAUCAAACAGAAGAGAGCUUUUAUCCCGGUGUAAACACGCCGUGCAUCCACGAUCACCCCAGAGACCCGAGCAAGUGUUCACAGAUGAAGAUGAUGCUCAACCUUCAGCGCGUGCAGCUCGCGGCGGACCGGAGCCGGUGUGUGUUUGAGCUGAACGGGGCUGUGAACGGAACCGAGCCGCGGGAGACGCUGUCCAUCCACACCUCUAGAGUGGCAGGUGACAGGUUGCGUGUGGACUGGAGCCUGAGGAGCUCCUGCUCUGACCUGGUGCUCUUGGGCAACACGCGGACCAGUUUGGCACACGGCCUGGGCACGACAUUUGGGCGCUCGGACCGUUUCCUCAAGGUAAAUGUUGAGGACGGCAGCGACAUGUUACCUAAAUCCAGACGAGCUCUCACCAUUCAAGAGAUCGCAGCGCUGGCCAGAUCUUCACUUCACGGUUUCUCGCAGGUGGUCAAAGAUCAUGUGACGAAGCCCACAGCGAUGGCGCAGGGCCGCGUGGCUCACCUGAUCGAGUGGAAGGGCUGGUGUAAACCCACCGACACGCCUAGCGCCCUCGAGUCACACCUCACGUCAUACUCUCAUCUGUCCGAGGGCGAGCAGGAGGCACGAUUCGCUGCAGGAGUGGCAGAGCAGUUUGCCAUCGCGGAGGCAAAGCUUCGUGCCUGGUCUUCAGUGGAUGGUGACGAGUCUAAUGACGAUUCUUAUGACGAAGAUUUUCUACCUGCAAACGAGCCCGUUACACAGAGCACAGAUCUGUCCUCGUACCCUCAUUACCUGCGGGAUCUCCUGCACACUCAGGUGUGUCAGACUCACCUGCGGGGGCGUGGCCUGUGCGAGGCGGAGAGCGGCGUGGGUGCUGACCUUUCACCUCCCGUGGGGUCGCCGGGGUCACCGUCGGACACGCUCUGCUCCAGCAUGUGCAGUUUGGAUGAGAGACACCCGUUGCUUCGGGAUCUCAGGCGUCACACGGAUACGCCUGCAGCUGACCUCACCGCCAAGAUCCUCGGCGCUCUUCAGGGAGGGGAGGAGCUACUGUUAGCCAGCCUACACAGGGCGGGGCACAGGCGAGGCCACUCCCCCUGCUGCUUGGAAACGUUUUCCGAGACGUUCAAAGAUGAGGACACGCCUUGUAAGGACUGCGGGGGCGGAGUCUGCCUUCCGCAGGAAUAUUCCACGCGGAGGAAGGUGUCGGAUGUGGCUUCGUCCGGCAUAGUCUCGCUCGACGAGGAAGACGUGGAGGAAGAAGAGCGAGAAGAACAGUGAACGGUGCAUGUUUCUUUUGGACUCCACCCACUAAUUUGCAUUCGGACCCCACCCUUUGAUUUGCAUUUGGGCUCCACCCACUUAUUUGCAUUUAGACUCCACCCAUUGGUUUGCAUUCAGCCUCCGCCCACUUAUUUGCAUUCGGACUCUGCCUGUUGAUUUGCAUAUGGGUUCCACCCACUUGUUUGCAUUCGGGCUCCAACCACUUAUUUGCAUUUUGGGUGCCAGUUGCUCUUCUCUUUUGGAAAACACUGAA